GACAAGGGUGACAACUUUGACAACAGUGACAACGGUGCAAACAGUGACAAUGGUGACAACAGCGACAAUGGUGACAACAGCGACAACGGUGACAAUGGUGACAACAGGAACAACGGUGACAAAAGUGACAACAGCAACACUGGUGACAACAGUGACAACGGUGACAACAUUGACAACACUGACAACGGUGAGAACCAUGACAACAGUGACAACGGUGACAACCGUGACAAUAGUGACAACGGUGACAACAGGGACGACGGUGACAACAGGGAGACGGUGACAAACGUGACAACAGUGACGACAUUGACAACGGUGACAACAGCGACUAUGGUGACAACACUGACAACAGCGAUAACGGUGUCAACAGUGACAACGGUGACAACAGUGACAACAGCCACAAUGGUGACAACAGUACCAACGGUGACAACAUUUAAAAUGGUGACAGCAGUGACGACGGUAACAAUGGUGACAACAGUGACUACAGUAACAGCUGUGACAACGGUAACAAUGGUGACAACGGUGACAGCAAUAAGAAGAGGGUCAAUGGUGACAAUAGUGACAAUGGUGACAACCGUGACAACGGUGACACCACUGUCAACAGCGACAACGGUUAAAACAGUGACGACGCUGACAACUGUGACAACAGUCACAACGGUGACAACCGUGAUAACGGUGACAACCGUAACAACAACGACAACGGUAACCACAGCAGCAAUAAUGACAACAGCGACAACAGUGACAACAGCGACAACGGUGACAAUAGCAACAACAGUGACAACAAAAACAAUGGUGAUAACACCAACAACAGUGACAACCAUGACAACAGCGACUACAGUGACAACGGUGACAAACGCAACAACAGCGACAAUGGUGACAACAGAGACAACAGUGAUAACGGUGACAACAGCGACAACGGUGACAACAGUGACAACGGUGGCAACAGUGACAACGGUGACAAAAGUGACAAGGAAUAAAACAGUGACAAUGAUGACAAAAGCGACAACGGUGACAACACUGACAACAGCAGAAACAAUGGUGACAACAGUGACGACUGUGACAACAGUGACAACAGCGACAACAGUGAGAAAAGUAACAUCGGAAACAACAGUGAAAACAGGGACAACAUUGAAAACACUGAAAACAGCGAACACAGUGACAACAGCAACAACUUUGACAACAACGACAACAGUGACAACACUGGCAACGGUGAAAACGGUGACAACUGUGACAACAGUGAAGAUGGUCACAACAGAGACAACGGUGACAACUGUGACAGCUAGCGACAAUAAUGGCAACACUGACAAUAGCAACAACGGUGACAAUGGGGAAAACAGGGAGAAUGGUGACAACAGUGAGAACAGUGACAAUGUUGACAACAGUGACAACGGUGACAACUGUGACAAAAGUGACAACGGUGACAAUGGUGACAACAGCCACAAUGGUGACAACACUGACAACAGGGACAACAAUGACAACAGUGACGACGGUGACAACCGUGACAACAGUGACAAUGGUGACAACAGGGACGACGGUGACAAACGUGACAUCGGUGACGACAUUCACAACGGUGACAACACUGACAACAGCGACAACGGUGUCAACAGUGAAAACGGUGACAACAGUGACAACUGUGACAACGGUGACAACAGUGACAACAGCCACAAUGGUGACAACAGUAACAACGGUGACAACGGUGACAACAUUUAAAACGGUGAGAGCAGUGACGACGGUAACAACGGUGACAACAGUGACUAUAGUAACAGCCGUAACAAUGGUGACGAUGGUGACAACGGUGACAGCAAUAAGAAGAGAGUCAACGGUGACAAUAGUGACAAUGAUGACAACCGUGACAACGGUGACAACCGUAACAACGGUGACAACACUGACAACAGCGACAACGGUUACAACAGUGACGACGGUGACAACUGUGACAACCGUAACAACAACAACAACGGUAGCCACAGCAGCAAUAAUGACAACAGCGACAACAGUGACAACAGUGACAACGAGCGACAAUAAUGGCAACACUGAAAACAGCAACAAUGGUGACAAUGGGGAAAACAGGGACAACGGUGACAACAGCGACAAUGGUGACAAGAGUGACAAUGUUGACAACAGUGACGACGGUGACAACUGUGACAAAAGUGACAACGGUGACAAUGGUGACAACAGCGACAACAAUGACAACAGUGACGAUGGUGACAACCGUGACAACAGUGACAACGGUGACAACAGGGACGACGGUGACAAACGUGCCAACGGUGACGACAUUGACAACAGUGACAACAGCGACUAUGGUGACAACACUGACAACAGCGACAACGGUGUCAACAGUGACGACGGUGACAACAGUGACAACUGUGACAACGGUGACAACAGUGACAACAGCCACAAUGGUGACAACAGUAACAACGGUGACAACGGUGACAACAUUUAAAACGGUGAGAGCAGUGACGACGGUAACAACGGUGACAACAGUGACUAUAGUAACAGCCGUAACAAUGGUGACAAUGGUGACAACGGUGACAGCAAUAAGAAGAGAGUCAACGGUGACAAUAGUGACAAUGAUGACAACCGUGACAACGGUGACAACUGUAACAACGGUGACAACACUGACAACAGCGACAACGGUUAAAACAGUGACGACGGUGACAACUGUGACAACCGUAACAACAACAACAACGGUAACCACAGCAGCAAUAAUGACAACAGCGACAACAGUGACAACAGCGACAACAGUGACAACAAAAACAAUGGUGAUAACACCAACAACAGUGACAACCAUGACAUCAGCGACUACAGUGACAACGGUGACAAACGCAACAACAGCGACAAUGGUGACAACACAGACAACAGUGAUAACGGUGACAACAGCGACAACGGUGACAACAGUGACAACAGUGACAACGGUGCAACAGUCACGACGGUGACAAAAGUGACAAGGGUUAAAACAGUGACAACGAUGACAAAAGCGACAACGGUGACAACACUGACAACAGCAGAAACAACGGAGACAAUGGUGGCAAGAGUGACGACUGUGACAACAGUGACAACAGAGACAACAGUGAGAAAAGUAACAUCGGAAACAACAGUGACAACAUUGACAACACUGAAAACAGCGACAACAGUGGCAACAGCAACAACUUUGACAACAACCAGAACAGUGACAACGGUGAAAACGGUGACAACUGUGACAACAGUGAAGAUGGUGACGACAGUGACAACUGUGACAACGGUGACAACAGUGACAACGGUGACAAUAGUGACAACGGUGACAACAGUGACAACUAGCGACAACAAUGGCAACACUGACAACAGCAACAACGGUGACAAUGGGGAAAACAGGGACAACGGUGACAACAGCGACAAUGGUGACAACAGUGACAAUGUUGACAACAGUGACAACAGGGACGACGGUGACAACAGUGACAACUGUGACAACAGUGACAACAGUGACAACGGUGACAACAGCGACAAUGGUAACAACGGUACAACACUGAAAACGGUGACAACGGUGACAACAAGGACGACGGUGACAACU